AUGCCAAAAUCGGUCCCAUCUUCAGUUUCUAACAUAGUGGUACCCAAAAUAGGCACAAUUAUACCCAAUCGCAUAUUCGUAGGAGGUAUUUCAUCAACUACUACAGAAGAUGACCUGCGAAAGUUCUUUGAAAAAUAUGGUCAUGUUAAAGACGUGAAAAUUAUUUUUGAUCAUUCGAUUUUGUCAAAGGGAAACUAUGGUUUUAUUACAUUUGAAAAUCAGGAAAUCGCGGAAUGGCUAAUUAAACACGAGGGUGAAUCAUUGAUUUUUAAUAAUCGAAAGUUGAAUAUUGGCCAUGCUAUACGUAAACAGGUACAUGAUGACCUGUAUUUCAGCAUCAUUGUAAUAUACGAAAAUGGUUCAAUAAAAUUUUCUAACCCAUCUGUAUCAUGCAAUGUGACCAAUGAGUUAUCCUGUACUUCGAUAAACAAUCAGACUGCUCCCAUCUCCACUAGCUAUGUGCCAUCUCAGAAUUCCGUUAUUUCCCAAAACAACUCCGCUGAAGUUAAGUACGAUUUACCUCAGACGUUAACUUCCACAGGAACUCCUGUAAUACAGGUCCCAUCGAGUGCAUUUGUGCUGCAUCGGGAGCAACAAAACUCCUGUCCAUCAAAUUCAACUUUGAUUCCUGCCGGUUCCAUUCUUCUAACUCAUGCAUCGGUUUAUAUCCCUAAUGGCAGUGCAGUCGAAGUUUUACACACUCCUCAAACGCAGAUGGCGGCAUUAUCUCAACAAAAUGGAUCAAAUGAACAGAACUUAUGCUCCAAUCAGCACAACACAAACUAUUUUCAUAAGCUUAAACCACAAGAAUGCAUUUCCAGUUUGACUGAUAGGGCACAACAGAGACCCCGAUUUCAGCAAACAUAUGCACAUCGAGGUGAGCCUCCAUUUCAACAGGAGAGGAGUGCUCCAACUAAUAUUAAUUUGCUUCAGCAAAUUCUGCUCAAUAACUGUGCAUUGGUUGAGAAUUCACCUGAAACUCCAGUAGUGGAGAAAUACGUAAGUUAA